AACUUCAAAAUGUAAUCGCAGAUUUUUAAAAUUACAUCUUCGCAUCGGCAAACCGGUUGAUGCUUGUUUAGUGUGUGAUAUCGUUACGGUAGAAAUAACACCAUGUUUUUACAUAUUAUCGUUAUCCUCGGCUUAUUUAUUAUCAACAUAGAAGUCGAGGCUGCAAAAAAAUAUGAUUACGUAGGAUGUUACGAUACCAGCGAUAAAGCGAAAUUAUUGUAUCAAUAUGAGAAAAAAGAUGAUAAACUCGCCCCUAGAAGCUGCGUAGAUUUUUGCCAUUCUAAGCAGUCAGCUUACGCAGCAAUAAUAAAAAAUGUAUGUCGCUGUGGUCAUAAUCAACCACCUGAUAUAGUCAAAAGGGUUAACAAGGAAUGUGAUUAUUCUUGUCCAGGAGAUAAAAAUCUCAAAUGUGGAGGAGAAUUUAAAUCAUCAGUCUACGAAACUGGUCUAAUUGCCCAAGGCAAUGAUGCCAUCCCAUCCAGAAUAUAUUUGGGUUGUUACAAAGACAACGAUACCAAUUACCGAUUACUACGAGGUUCAUUUCAAGAAUCAGUGGACAACACACCGACAAAAUGUCAUCGCAUUUGUUACAAACAAGGGUUCAGAUAUUUUGGAUUAUUUAAUCGACAAUGUCUAUGUGACGAUACUGCACCCUCCAAAGAAACCGCUCUCUCUGAUGACGACUGCCAGGCAUAUUGUUACGAAGAUGACACUGAAUUUUGUGGAGGAAAAUCUACAAUGAGUUUAUACUCUACUGGAAUUUCCGAUAUUCCGGAAUAUGGCAGAUAUGUAGGAUGUUACAACAAUGAAAAAAAUAACAAUAUUAAACCAGAUAUUACGAUGAAUUUCACUCAAACAAACUCCAACAGACGUUGCUGGAAUAUUUGCGAUCAAAAAGGCUACAAAUAUGCAGGAAUUCAAUCAGGCGUACUAUGCAUGUGCAUGACCCAAGCACCACCUACAUCACUGCAUGAUGAUGAUCAUAAAUGCGACGAUAUCAAGUGCCCUGGUGACAUUUUAGAUGGAUGUGGUGCCAGAGACGUGAUGAAAGUCUUCAAAACUCGGCGAGCAGAUGAAAUCCAAGCAGCAGCUUCUCGUUAUCUAGGCUGCUACAAAGAUGAUAAACCAUUCCCCACUUUGGAAGGGAUAAAAGAAAUAUUUGAAAAAACCCUGACUCCAGAACUAUGCUCUGAAACUUGUGGACUAAGAGGCUAUGCCUUUUCAGGCGUUGAAACUGGUAAUGAGUGCUAUUGCAGUCACUCGUUUCCAUCAGUAAUUCUGAGGGUCGCUGAUAGCGAAUGUAGCUCCCCUUGCAGUGGUAGCCAGAAUGAUCGUUGUGGAGGGUAUCACAGGAUAGCAGUUUAUGAUAAUGGCGUGCCUCAUCCUCAAGCUUUCGUUCAUCCAUCUUAUAUGGGUUGCUAUAAGGAAGAUGAACCAGGAAUCAGGUUGUUGGAAGGAAUUUCUGAUAAUUUGCCAAAUCUGACACCAUCCCUUUGCCACAAGCAAUGUUUGCAAGCUGGAUUCUUGUACUUUGGAUUAAGUACAAGUGCUGAUGGCAUAGGAAAAUGCAUGUGCAGUGAUCAAACUCCACCCGAAAGUGUUUUCACUCGUGAUUCUGAAUGCCAAAAGAAAUGCAACGGUAAUCCCAACAAAGUGUGUGGUGGUGAUUGGAGAGUUGCUGUAUACAGAACUGGACUUUCGAAUGCAGAAUCAGAAUACGUUUAUAAAGGAUGUUACGAAAACACUGGAAAUAUUUUACUCGAUAGGAAAUCACACCAAACAAGAUCUCUCACUCCUAAAAGAUGUCACAGAUUUUGUGAUAUGUUGGAAUUCAAAUAUUCUGUAGUAGAAGAAGGGAAGAUUUGUGGUUGUGGAAAUGAAGCUCCUAGCAGCGGAUCUCCUAAACCAGAUGCUAGCUGUCGGCUUAGAUGUCCUGGCAAUUUUUCUGAGACUUGUGGUGGACAUAAAAAACAUAUGCAAGUUUAUGGCAUCGUGAAUGAGUCUGAUAAACCUGAUCAAGUUUCAGAGGAUGAAUUAAAUCAACUCAUGUUCUCAGAUACUUUUGAUUUUAUGGAUCCCGCAAUUUGGUAUCACACUGUUAAAAUUGCUCACGAACCGAAUUACGAAUUUGUAACGUAUGAAAGAUGCCACCACGUGAUUUAUCUAAGAGAAGGCGUAUUAUUCAUCAAACCAAGAGUACAACCCCACGCUUUCAUAGAAAAAGACAGCACAUUCACAUUAGAAAAUUGCACAGGAAAAGUAGACGAAUGUACCAAAAAAUCAGAAAAAUUCAUCAUUUUACCACCAAUUCAAUCCGGUCAAAUAAGUACCGAAAGAAGUUUCCGAUUUUUAUACGGCAAAGUCGAAGUACAAGCCAAGUUACCAGUUGGAGAUUGGAUAGUUCCACAAAUUUGGCUCAUGCCAGCCACAAAGGAAUACGGCGAUUAUUACCAAUCUGGCCAAAUUCGUAUCGCUAUGUCUCGAGGAAAUGCCGAUUUUCACUGUUCCGAUGAUCAUUUCGGUUAUAGACGUUUGGAAAUGGGAGUUUAUUUGAGCGAUCACGCGAUAAACGUGAAAAAGAAGGUAUUUUAUAAAGAGGUUUCCGAAGACUGGCCUAAUAAAUACCACAAUUUCAGUGUGACUUGGACUCCAGACCUGAUUGCAUUCCAUGUGGAUGGAGAAGAGGUAGGAAUGAUACAGCCCGAAGCUGGCCAAACAAUGCGUCAAAUUGUUGGCUUACCUGAAAGUGACGAGUAUAUUUACAAAAAUUCCACAAAUAAAAUGGCUCCUUUCGACAGAGAAUUCCAUCUUACACUCGGUGUUUCCGUUGGUGGUAUAUCUGAUUUCCCAGACGAAUGCAAAUCAACUCCCAAAAAACCAUGGACUAAUAGAUCGCCAAAGGGUAUGUUGAAUUUCUGGAAAGAUAGAGACAACUGGAGACCUACUUGGAAAGAUGAAGAACACGCUUUGCAAGUUGAACAUGUGAAAGUGUGGGCAGUAGAAAAUAAUUUUAUUUAAAUUUGUGCCAUUUAAAAUAGUAAUAUUUUCCAUAUUUAAAUACGUACCUAUUUAAUUAAACGUAAAUUAUCUUUGUACUUGUGCACUGCACUAUACAAGACAAAAAUUUAAUUUUUUCUAAAAUAUUCUACUGCGAAAAAAUCGCUUGAAAUGUGAUGUUAUUAUUUAUUUAAUUUACUUAUCGAUUUAUUCUCAUUUUUUUGAAGUCAUUUUUAUACAUAUUAUUUUAUCAAACUAUGAGUUCAAGUCUGAUUGAAGUUUAUUUGAUAAUUCAUUAUAAUGGAUUCGGAUGAAUAAAGAUAGGCCAAUAAAAAAAUAUCGAAAAAUUAA